UGACAAACGUAAUUGUCAAACAAAAUGUGCAAAAGAAAUUGACCAUGACGAUGAUGAACAUAUAUGUCAAUCAAACCGUCAUAAUUGUGGUGCACCUUGUUCUCUGCAAGCCAAUACUAAGAAGGGUUUUUAUAAAUGUCCUAACAAAUGCAUCAUCCCGUGUGAAGAUGAGCAUGAACGACAUUGCUGUGAAAAUGAUUCUGCAUGUCCAAUUCAAUGUCCAAUUCCUGAUUGUCAACGACGAUGUCAAAAAGAUUGUCAAGAGUUAGGUAUUUGCAAAGUAUUAACUGAACCGAGAAAACAAGAAGAAGUUUAUCAAGGUUUAGUUCAAGGGACUUCUAUUACAUUCACUAAGUAUAUUCAAUUGAGUGAAAGAAUUAAAUGCUGCAAGAAAAUUCCACCAAAUGCCUUUCAUCAUGAUGGUAAACAUACUCAUGAUGAAAGCGGCUUUCAUUAUUGUGACGCCCAAUAUCCCUAUUCAGUUCAAGAACAAGAAAUGUUUGAAAAAUGUGAUCAUGAGUGUGCUGAUGAAAUACAUCAGCCAACGAAAGGAUCUAACAUUAUACCUAACAGAUCAUUUUGUGAAUUACCGUUGUUUCAUGCACCUCUUAAAUUAUCCGAUGCUCCACCAAAUGGUAUUGGAUAUAUUUCCCUUGGUGGACAUCACUUUACAUGUGACAACCCUGCAAAAAAAGAAGGAUCAUUUCAUAUCAUUUUUACAAUUGACCGAUCUGGAUCUAUGAGUAGUACUGAUAAAAAACCACUUCCAGAUACACCUGUUUAUAAUCUUAUAAAAGCACGGCAUGAAAACAGGACAGGUGCUGUAUAUAGUGCUGUUUAUUCAUUUAUGGAAGCAAGGCUGGCCGCACAAGCAAGGUCACAAUUACAAUCCACUAAUAAGGAUACUGUAUCACUGAUUCUUUUUAGUCAUGAAGUUAUUGUGCCAUUUGAAAAUCAUGUGUUAACGGAUUCUAAGACGAUGCUAAACCAAAUGUUACCACACGGUGCAAGCGCGAAUGUAAUUAUAUUUCUUUCUGAUGGUGGAUGUAGUACACCGAAAAGUCAGCUUGAACAAAUUUGUAAAUAUAAUAGUGAUAAAGGUCCUUCUUUAAGAGAAAUGGCUGAGAUUGCUGGCCGAUAUAAUCCAGCAAACAAGAUUGGAAAUGCUUUACGUUGUCACUUUACUAGCGCUAUGAAUGAGAUUAAUUUAAUCAAUACAUUUACUGGUGUUGCAGAAA